AUGUUGCCCGUCAUGCUAAGUCACACACCUUCCGGAGCAUCGAUAAAACAACUUGAACAUUUUGGUCAACUUAUGAAAUCUGGACAUUUCCGUAAAUUUGAUCGUGGAUAUUUGCGUAAUCAACUCGAAUACAAUCGUAUGACACCACCCGAUUAUGAUUUGAACAAGGUCAAAGUACCCGUGGCCCUCUACUACUCAAUGAACGAUAUGCUGGUGUCGACAACGGGCGUUGAUCGUUUAGCACGUGAGUUGCCACAAGUUAUCGACAAGUAUUUGGUGCCCAUGGAAAAGUUUAAUCAUUUAGAUUUUCUAUGGGCAAUCGAUGUUAAAACACUUGUCUAUAAUCGUCUUGUACGGAAUAUAAGACGUGUAGAGAAUUUCAAAUUAAAGCAUAGUGCUAAUUUAGCAGCAAAUAUGCAGCAACAACAACAUCAGCAACUACAACAACACCACCAACAACGUCAGGAAUUAUUAAAUAAUCAACAUACAGUUCCACUACCAGCUAUGCUGCCACCUCAACUACAACCAAAUCUAGCGUUAGCUAGUGUUAAUGCUCCAAUUAUGGCCGGUCCAACGGCCACUACAACCGCACGAACUAUAACUACUACUCAUAUACAGGCAGAACAGCAACAGCAAGAGACUCAGCCGCAACCCACACAGCAGGAACAGCAAUCAGAGCAAUUGCAAACCUUACCAAGUAUCAUGACAACUGCGUGA